GUUUCUUGACAUAGCUUGUUUCUAUAAAGGGGAGGACCGAGAUUUUUUAACAAGGAUUAUGGAUGCUUGUUAUAUCUCUUCACAUUCCGGAAUCGAUGAUCUUAUCGAUAAAUCUCUGAUAUCUGUUUCAGAAAAUAAGAUAACAAUGCAUGAUUUAUUGCAACAAAUGGGUCGAGACAUCUUUCGCAGUGAAUCACCUUCAGAGCCUGGAAGACGCAGUCGGAUGUGGAUUCCUGAGGACAUCUAUGAUGUACUAAUAGAAAACUCUGGGACUAAAACACUCAAAGGCAUGCAACUCGACAUGUCCAGAAUUCCAGAGCUGGAAAUAAAAGCAGAAGCCUUUGUGAAGAUACGAAAACUUCAGUUCCUCAAAUUCUACGGAACAAUAUCCAAAAUCUUCUUUCCUCAAGGGCUUUUAUCACUUCCUGAUGAGCUAAGAUACCUUUGUUGGAAGGGAUACCCGUUAAAAACUUUACCCACCAGGUUUGAUCCAAAGAACCCGGUUGAACUUGACAUGGGAUGUAGCCGUGUCGAACUACUCUGGGAAGGAAAACAGGAUUUAGUAAAUUUGAAAGUGAUCUCUCUAGUCGAUUCUACGAACCUUGUUAGAAUCCCAGACCUAUCAAGCGCCACAAAUCUUGAAUUUAUAAACUUCUCAAAUUGUACAAAGUUGCUUGAGCUUCCUUCAUCUCUUCAGCAUCUUGAGAAGCUAACUCGUUCGAAUUCGAGAUUGUGCAAAAAUCUAUGAUUUCUGCCUAGCUUGUAUAAAGCGACGUCACCACACUUAUUCUCGAUGAUUGCUCAAAUAUCUCUAGCUUUCCAGAGGUUUCUCGAAUGUAAGAGAGCUACAAUUAGAAGGAACAGCGAUUGAACAAGUACCUUAGUCAGUGGAGUC